GGGGGGUGUAGUCCCCCCAGACGUGCAUGUUUCUGUUUGCCAUUCACCACAUCUUGUUUAUUCUGUGUGAACAGGUGGAAAAUGAGCAUCACAGAUGUCCUUAGUGCUGAUGACAUUGCAGCAGCCCUGCAGGAGUGCCAAGACCCGGAUACUUUUGAACCCCAAAAAUUCUUCCAGACAUCGGGCCUCGCCAAGAUGUCAGCCAGUCAGGUGAAGGAUGUUUUUCGUUUCAUAGACAACGACCAGAGUGGGUACCUGGAUGAAGAAGAGCUGAAGUUUUUCCUCCAGAAGUUUGAGAGUGGUGCUAGAGAACUGACUGAGUCAGAGACCAAGUCCUUGAUGACGGCUGCAGAUAAUGACGGAGACGGGAAAAUUGGGGCUGAUGAAUUCCAGGAAAUGGUACAUUCUUAA